AUGGUUGUGUCAUCUUUGUGCCGCAUUUCCUCUGCUGAGAAAACUCAGGAGAACGUAGGACUUGAAAUAAAAUGCGAAGAAGUCACAGUGAGAAUAACCGUAAAGAGACAGUUUUUCGAGGAGAAACGGAUUCCGUUCAAACCGGAGCAUCUGAGACUUGGAGCAAGGUCAACGCAGGAGAGAUCAUGCGGACCAAAGGAGCAGAUACCUGGCCGUGAAAUGGUCAUUUCUGCAGGGCUACAGGAAUGUGGGACUGAGUCCAGUGUCCAUGGUGAGUGGCUUGUCUAUUCCAACCAGCUGUUACUGUCUCCUGCUGUGGUUCCUACCUCUUCAGGCAGUGUAAUAGUUAGAGAAACAACUACUGUCAUACCUGUUGAGUGCCAUUAUAAGAGAAAACAGACAGUAAAUGCAGAACCAUUAACCCCAACCUGGCUUCCUAUGACAUCCACUGUCAGUGUCUUUGGCCUUCUGCGCUUCUCCCUUCGUACCAUGGCAGAUGGCUGUACCUCUCAGCGGAGUUCCUCUGUGUACCAGCAGGGGGAGGCAGUGUUUUUGGAGGCCAGUGUGGAGGCUCCUCUGCACCCUCCUCUCACUGUAUAUGUGGACUACUGUGUUGCAACGUUGAAGCCUGACCCUCUCUCUGUGCCAAGCUACAAGUUUAUCGCCAAACAUGGAUGUCUUAUGGACAGUGUAUUACCAGGGUCUUCAUCUAAAUUCCUCCCUUGGGAGCAAGAGACAGACAGACUAUGCUUCAGUGUCCAAGCUUUCCACUUCAAGCAGGAGUCUGGGGAACAGAUGUUCAUCAGCUGCCACCUCAGGGCCACACUAAAACAAACCUCACAUGACCAUCUUUAUAAAGCCUGCUUCUUCCAUAGGCCCACAUUCAGCUGGCGUGCCACAGAGGGAGACAGUGCCCUGUGUGAAUGCUGUGACUCUGACUGCUUGAGGCAGUCUGCAGAGGAGAAUAGUGGCUCCACUGAACACACAACUCGACCAGACACAGAAAAGAAGCACGAGGCCGACACAAUCGUUGGGCCACUUCACACCCUGCCACGCUCCCAUUGGACAGGUCGCCUGUCAGUCAAUCACUAA